CUGACUUGACAAGUCUGGAAUACGUAAUUGGAGCUGUGCUCUCUUGUCUAGGUCACCUGCUCUGUUUUCCCCUGAAGUGAUUACUACAAUAGAAAAGCUAUUGUUGCGUCAUUUGCCAUUAAAGUUUACAUCAGGGGUUAAGAACCACAAUUAAUUAAUAAAUUGAAUAUUGGAGAUAUACUUUGCGAAACCUCACAGAGCAGUAUUGUUUGCAGAAUUCAAUUUUAACAUGAGUAAGAAAGUACGUGUGGGUAGCUGGUCAAAGGAGGAGACAUUGCUUCUGAUAGACUUAAUUCAAGAAAAAAACAUAAUCGAAAAAAUUGACGGAAGACAAGGCCGAAAUCAACAAUACUAUAAAGUUAUUGCUGAAGAAUUUGCACAAAGGCAUUUAAAAAAAAAUUGGAAACAAGUAUCGAUAAAGUGGAAGAACCUCAAAGCACAGUAUUACAAUAUAUUAAAAAGUGAGUCAAAAUCGACAGCGGAAGCUCUUGAGUGGCCAUUUUUUGCCAAGCUAAAUAAGUUGUUGCCUUGUCGCCCAAGGAAAAAAGCAGUGAAAAGAAAAUCUAUCACAGUCGAUACAAUGGUACAACAGUGGGGUUUAUUUACUGAACAAGAAGGACUUGGAUCGCAAGAGUUUGUUGAUACUGAAAAUGUAAAUGAGGCUGAAACAUCUACAGCUUCAUCAACAGAAGAAGAAGCAGAACCUCCCCAGCCUGGAAGUUCUGGUUCCAAACAUAAAGCAACAAAACGCAAAGCAGAUCGACCAAGAACCAAAGAAAAACGACGUAAAGAGAGGGAAGGAUGGAGGGAAUUCAUUGAUGUAUACAGAGAAGAAUGUGCCAAGGACCGAAAAUCAUGGGAAAUGAUGGUGCAGAGUAUGAACGAUACAUUCACCCGUGCCAUAAAUGUACUGGUUUCUAGUGUAAAUCCUGCAGUUGGUUUAAAAAUGUCUCCAAACCCACCUAGCAAUAGAAAUACUGAAUAACUUUUAUAUUGUUUUUUAUUUCAUUUACUUCUUGUACCUCAAUACAUUUUGCACUGUUUAAUCAAUAA